CCCGGGCCCGCUCGACGAUUCACGCGCCGCCGAUUGAGAGCCACGCUCAUGGCCUCGUCGCUCCGCACGCGAACCGCCUGGUCGGCGUCACGGGUACUGGCGGAGGAAGUGACGCGAUCGUGAGCGGCUGUGUUUGGACUCACGGACGGGACUCACGGCUGUAGGAACCGAACAUGAAGCUGUUUGUGUUCCUGGUGAACACGGGUGCCACCCUCACCUUCGACACCGAGCUGGCACUCCAAACCGUGGCGGAGUUGAGGCACGCCAUCCACACCAAGUAUCGCAUCGGAGUUCAGCACCAGGUGCUGGUGGUCAGCGGCGGCGAGUGCCUGGCGGGCGAGCGGAGGGUGUGCAGCUACAGCGCCGGCACGGACACGAACCCGAUCUUCUUGUUCAGCAAGGAGCUGAUCCUGCACGACCGGGCGCCGUGCGUGAGCCGUGUGGUGCUGCCCGGCGAGGCGCAGAUGGAGCCCAAGGUGGAGGAGUCGGUGAUCAUGCCGGCGGUGUUCCACACCGUGACGCUGCGCACGCAGCUCGCGCUGGAGAUGCAGGAGCUGGCGCAGCGGCUGUGCAUGGUGUGCGAGUCGCUGGUGCACGACGAGCACAUGCAGCACCAGGGCUGGGCGGCCGUCACCGCCAACCUCGACGACUGCAGCUCGGCCUUCGCGGGCCUCCUGACGGCCUUCACGCGCGCCUACGCAGCCUUCCUGGAGUCACGCCGCGACAUCCUCGCCCAGCUCUCCGAGCUGGGCGACGCCGUCACCGUCAUGGCUCAGAUCCCGCUGCUCCAGUGCCUCACCGCCUCCGCCUCCUCCGUCCCCUCCGUCUCCCGCCGGCGCGACAGCCUGUGCCGGCUCGCCGACCACUCCGACCCCGGCCGCCUCUCCGCCGACCUCUCCUCCUCCGCCAGCUCGCGGCCAGCGGGGCGGCCGCGCGCUCGGGCCGGCCCGGCCUCUCCCGAAGGCCCCGGGACGCCGCCUCCGAAAUGUCCAAGCGGCGGCGCUGACGACGGCCGACUUUCACCGGGCCCCGAGGGCGACGGUGGAGACGAUGGCGGUGGCCGGAUAAAGGGCAGCUUCAAUGUGUCGUUGCUCGACUGGGUGAACGUUCAAGAUCGACCCAACGACGUGGAGACGCUCGUCCGAAAGUGCUUCGAGUCGAUGAGCAGGCUGGAGCCCGGCAUCGUGCAGCCCUUCCUGGGCGACUGCCAGGAAACUCUGGCCAAGAUGGACAAUCCGAGCAUGAAGUCAAUCCGCGGGCUGGAGGACCGGCUCUUCGUGCUCGACCAGCUGCUCGCCUCCUGCCAGCGCCUCGUCACCGAGCAGAAGGAGCUGGCGCAGGGCUUCCUGGCGAAUCAAAAGCGCGCGGAGAACCUCAAGGACCCGUCGGUCCUGCCAGACCUGUGCCGCAGCCACGCCAACCAGCUGGUGAUCAUGCUGAGCAACCACAAGAAGCUGCUGGACGUCAAGCACCGCUGCGCCACCGCCAAGCAGGAGCUCACCGACAACCUGCACGUGCGCCUGCGGUGGUGCUACUACGUGAUGCACCACGCCGACCUGGGCCGCGAGAAGCUGCAGGCGCUGUGCCACGUGCUGCGCGAGCUCACGGGCCGCGUGGGCGCCGCGCGCGAGGUGGCGCUUGCCCCGCGCCUCUACUGCCUGGCCGCCACCGAGACGCUGCGGCGGCGCGCCUUCUCCACGCACUACCGGCGGUGGGCGAGUUUGCUGGUGCGUGAUGGGAAAGAGCUCUACCAGGCUGAGAGAGAGAGGAGAGAGGCGUUCAGACAGAUCUUCGGCCACAGCUUCCUCAAAGGGCGGCUCUUCCAGGGGCUCGAGUCGUGGCCUCCGUCGACAUUUUGCACGCGUGAGCCACGCGCGUUUGACGAGCAGCUUCCCGCGGUGACGCUCGAAGACCUUCACUUCCUGCAGAGCCACAGCCCCCCCGAGAUGCAGCCCUACCUGCAGCUCCCGACGCUGUGCGACUUUGAGCUGCUGCGGGAGCACUCGGCACGCGGACGGAGGUUGGCGCGGGCCGUGCGCGGUGCCCAGGACGCGUCGCUCGCCCUCGCUCAGCUCCUCUCCACCAAAACGCUGGUGGGCAGGAGCGAUGGCCGUGGGGAGGCCGGGAGCUGGGAGGGGGAGAGCCCCGCGUCUCCCGACCGCCCCGGCAGCCUCCUGCUCCUGUCGCCGCCGUCGCACGGGGAUACGGGCGACCCGGGACGCGAGGACGCGGGGGCCCACGGGGGCCACGAUGGGGACCCCCUCACGAGGGACAACAGGGAUUUGUCCCCGGACAGCAUCGACUCGCAGGUGUUCGACUUCGAGACGAUCAACCACCCAGCGGCGGAGACGCACCCACCGCUUUCCACCGCAGCGUCGACCGCAGCCGCGGCAAGCGCAGCGACGUCAAUCGCGGCCGCCGCCGCCACCGCCCAGGCCAUCAGCCCCCGGUCGGCGGGCCUCCUGCAGAGCCCGGACGCGGUGGUUGAAUCCCUGUACGCGUCUGUCAUCAACGCCAUCGACAGCCAGCGACGGAUGCGGAGGGAGGGCGGCGAUGGCGAUGGUGGCGAUGGUGGUGGCGAUGGAGCGAUGAGCGAUUCGCGUUUGUCCUCGCCUCACCCCGACUCUUGGUCGUCGCCGUCGAAUCGGUCCGACGUUCGCUCGAGGAGCGGCGUUGCUCGAGGCCGCGGGUGCGCGGCUGCGUUCACCGCGCUGCGGGCGUCGACGGCGGGAGUGCGCCGGGAGCUGGCCGGGCUCGGAGAGCAGGUGCGCAGCGACGGGCGCCAGCUCGCCGGCCUGCUCGCCGACGCCCGCCGGCACCUGGAGGAGGCUCUGCCGGCACACCGGGAGUCUAGCUCAGACAGCACGGGCGCAGCUAACGACGUGGAAAGGCGACCUCUCGCUGACCCCUCACAUCACCUGGCUCAACUACAGCAGCAACAACGAGAGGAGGAGGAGGAGGUGAGGGUGCGUGGGUUGGAUGCGGAGCUCACCUGUGAGGCCGAGAGGGUUCGAGGGCUAGAGGUGCAGCUCGCCCAGGAGGCCGAGAGGAGAAGCGACCUGGAGACGGAGCUCGCCGAGGAGGCCGAGAGGUGUCAAGGCCUGAGGGUGGAGCUCGCCCAGGAGGCACAGAGGAGGAACAGUCAGCAAGUGCUGCUCGCUCAGCAGGCCGAGAGGAAAAUGAGCCUGGAGGUGGAGCUUACCCAGGAGGCCGAGAAGCACCGUGGGCUGGCGGCAGAGCUCACUCAGGAGACCGAGAGGAGAGUAGGCCUGGAGAAGGAGCUUGCUCGGGAGACCGAGAGGAGAAUGAGCUUGGAGACUGACCUCGUCCAGGAGACCGGGAGAAGGGUGGGCUGGGAGACGGAGCUCACUCAGCAAGCUGAGAAGAGAGUGACCCUGGAGAAGGAGCUCGUGGUGGAGAGCGAAAGGAGGCAUUUUCUGGAAUCGGAGCUUGCCCAGGAAGCCGAGAGGCGAGUAGGCCUGGAGACGGAGCUUGCCGAGGAGGCCGAGAGGCGAGUAGGCCUGGAGACGGAGCUUGCCAAGGAGGCCGAGAGGCGAGUAGGCCUGGAGACGGAGCUUGCCGAGGAUGCUGGGAAGAGAAUGGGCCUGGAGAAGGAGCUCGCUCGGGAGGCCGAGAGGAGAGUUGGCCUGGAGACGGAGCUUGUCCAGGAGGCUGAGAGGCGAGUAGGCCUGGAGACGGAGCUUGCCCUAGAGGCUCAAAAGCGCCGAGCGCUUGAGACGAAGCUCUCUGAUGAAUCCAAGAAAACGGUGGGCCUGGAAGCGCAGCUUGCCGAGGAGACCGCCAGGAGCCAAGGCCUGACAGCAGAGCUCACCCAGGAGACCGAGAGAAGCCAGACCCUGGAAACGAUGCUCAGUGAGGAGUCCGAGAGGCGAGAACGCCUGGAAAUGGAGCUCAUCCUGGAGGCCGAGAGUCACCAAGCUCUUGACACGAAGCUCGCUGAGGAAGCGCAGAAGAGGACGGGCCUCAUGGUGGAGCUCGCCCGGGAGACCGAAAGAAGACGCAACCUGGAGGCGGAGCUCGUUCAGGAGGCCGAGACGAGAGUGAGCCUGGAGACGGAGCUCACCCAGGAGGCCGAGAGGUGGCGCGGCCUGGCGGCGGGCCUCGCCCAGGAGACCAACAGGAGGAUUCUCUUGGAGGCAGACCUCGCUCACGAGGUCAAAGCGCACCGGGAGCUGGUGGCGGCGCUCGCCGACGAGACUGAGAGGCGGCACGAGCUGCAAGCAGAGCUCGCCGACAGGGCCGCGGAGCGGGAGGCGAGCCUGCACGGCCUGGCAGCGCUGCUGGAGCAUGAGCGGGAGCUGGCCGUCGCCGAGCUGCUGAGCUGCCACGAGGCGGAGGUGGCGCGGCUCACCGCGGAGCUCCGCCAGGCAGAAACGAGGGCCCAGCGGCUGGAGGAGCAGGGGGAGGAGGCAGGAGGUCUCACCGUGGAGCUCCAGGAGGGGGUGCUGGACGUGGAGUGGAGGUCUCGCGAGGCUUCCAGGGGGAGGCGGAGAGAGAAGCCGGUCGGGGUGGCGCUCAAGACGGCGGGGAGCGAAGCGGGGCGUCAUCAGCAGCAGCAGCAUCAGCAGCAUCAGCAGCAGCAGCAGCAGGGCCUGACGAUUGCAGCCGAAAGGGGGCUCAAGACCGGGGCGUCUAGCGAGCCGCAGGGCUCCGCCGGGGGGGAGAGGCUCAUCAAGGGGAAGGUGAUCACGGAGCUGGGCGAAAAGCUGCAGAGGCUCCUCGAGCAGCACGACCGCGACAAAGAGGCCAUCGAGAAGCUGCUGUCAGAGAAGACGUUCCUGGAGGAGACGGUCGCCCGCUUGAAAGGAACUCACGACCUCGCUGCCGCGUCUCCGUCUUCCCCCAACGUCGCCGAAGCUCGGGCGCAACAACCGCCGCCGCCACCGACACAACCGACACAGCCGACACAGCCGCCGCCGCUGCAACCCAGAGGCUGGCUCCGGGCCCGCGGCUCCUCGGUGGGACACGGCACGAGUGCGGUCGCGGGGCAGCCGGGCCUGCUGCAGGCCGUGGCGUGGGGACUCACGUCCGGCGUGCUGGGUGCCGGGGAGGCGAGGGAAGGGAGGAAAGAGCCUUCUGGUGGUGGUGGCGGUGGUGGCGGUGCUGCUGGUGGUGGUGCUGGGGUGGUGUCGGCCGCAAUGCCCCUUGAGAGAACUCGUACUCCUCUACUCUUCCUCCCUGUGGAGUGCGGUGACAGUGUUGGUGGUGAUGGCGGCGGCGGCGGUGAUGGGGCAGCGAUGGCGAUGGCCGGGGAUGGGUUGGAUGCGAGUGUCGUCGCGCUCAGGGAGAACGCGCCGAGCGAAGACAAGCAGAGGGUGCUGAUGCUGGAGAAGGCCCUGCACCAGAAGGAGAAGGAACAUUCCCGGCUCGUCCAGAGGCUGAUGUCUCAGAGCGUGGCACCCGUGUCUCCUCGCCAGCCCGAGAAGCUGGCCAUCAAAGACUUCCAGGUGGGAGACCUGGUGCUCAUCAUCCUGGACGAGCGGCACGACAACUACGUCGUCUUCACGGUGGGGCCCACCCUCUACUUCCUGCACGCCGAGUCGCUGCCGCCGCUGGAGCUGCGCCCCGUCCCUGGCGUGCCACGCAAGCCCUGGGUGCUGGGCAGGAUCACCGAGAAGGAGUACUGCCAGGCCAAGAAGGCCCAAAACCGCUUCCGCGUCCCGGUUGGGACCAAGUUCUACCGGGUCAAGGCCGAGCCGUGGGGCCGCCGGACCUCGGUCGGGCGGUCCACGCCGCCACAUCCGCCGCCACCGCAGCAGCCGCCACAGGCGGACGACGCGGCCUCGGGCUCCUCGCUCGCCGGGCCCACCGUCGGCGGCGGCGGCGGCCCCGGGGCGGACGACUUCCCCGCACUCGGAGGCCACCCCCUCCUCUAGGGCAGCCACCACCUCCUGCCCUCCUCACCGCCGCGUCGCGAGCCCCGUGUGUUGCCCAGGUGCGGGCCGUGGAUGUCGCGGCCGGCCCCUGCCCGGUUGUCGCGGUCGAGAUUUAUUUUGGUGGAAUUGUCAAAUCGGCGGGUCGGGGAGGGUGGUGGAUCCGAGUCGGUGUCUUCCUUCUGUCUGCCGGAUCUCGCGGCUGUGUUGUUUGCGCGACGACGACGAUGACUGCGAGUCCCACGUGGUGCUACGAAGUUUCGUCUGGAUCUCUGGGAGCUCCGUGCGUCGCACCUCAUCGCUCGGUCGGAUUGACAGCUUGUCGAUCGUAAUCGCAACCCCCCCCCCCCCCCCGUGUUGGAUUGGUCAAAAGUCGUUAGGUAGGCACUCUCCGAUUGGCUAAACUGAGUGCCCACACCUCCCCCCCCCCACCUGUGGACUCGGGCUCCGCCCCCCAAUGCUUCAAGCCGAGACGAACAGAAUGGGAACGUAUUCCGGAAUCGAUUUAUAUACGUGAAAAAAAUAAUCAUCCGGCGUUCGGCUUUUACUUUAUUUUGCAUGAGCAUCUGCGGGCAUGCUUGCGCACGUGUGCAUGUGCGCCUCUAUAUGCACGUGCGUCCACACGCGUACGUGCGUGCGCGCGUGUCAAUUCCUAUGCCCAAUUCUGGAAUUGAUUCCCAAAUCGUUUUUAUUUUUCUAAAUCCGUUGAAUUGAGAUUGUCCUCCGCAAAAACACAAAAUGAAGCGAAGCCGUCUAACUCUCGAGCGAACGCGUGAAUGCACAACUAAACAAGCAUCUCGUUCAUUUAACUUCGUAAAAGUAUCGUCCGAUCAGGGGUGCGACGCUCACCCUCAUCCCCGGCAAUCCGACGAUCCAGGGUCCGUGGUUUGAUUCCAGGUACGCGAUAUUUUUUUCAUAUUUUAGUUUUUUAGCCAUGAUACUCUUAGGUUUUUUUGUAAAAGUCACGUAGGUAAAAAAAUUCAAUGAAAAUUAAUUUUAAAAAAUCACGACGUUUCGGAGGCAACACAAGCUUCCGUCUUCAGGUGGAACCGUCACAGCACGAUUGCUAUAUCAAUUAAUAAAAUAAAAUAAUUUUACCUACGUGACUUUACUGAAAUAACCUAAGAGUAUGAAUCCUUGCAGUCACGAAAGCUUCAAAUCUAGUUUUUUAGCCAUGAAUUGCUAGCGCAUCCGGCGGCUGCAGGGGAGUUCGCAUGAACGCGCCACCCAUGCCGACUCGUGGUUUCGCCCGCGCGAUGCCAUGCCAUUGAGAUGUCAUAACGCUCCGGCUCGUGUAAAGCGGACUGCACCAUGUGGUCAAGGCCAAGCUAAGGCAAGGGUUACAGCAAGAGUUAUAACAAGAGAAGAAAUGGCUCUGUGGGAUCUAAGCCAGUGGUCAGCAUUCUCUGAGUUGACAUAGCCAUUGUGAAUCUCCCCACCCACCUCCCCCCCCCCCCCCCCUUUCAAGACAGACCUUGUCCCAUGGUACGAAGCCAGGUUCUUUCCACUGCUGGCUCAGUGACUCUUCACAUGGCCGUUGUAUGAACGUCCUGAAAAUAUUGAUGAAGAAAACAAUCUGACCAAGGAUAUGGAGCUCUCUCUCCGACAUGGCCAUUAUGAACCCGCCGGGAGAGAGAAAGAGAGACACGGGAGAGAGAUUCGGGAGAGACGGGGCCGUUGAGAACCCCUCUGUGUGUGUGUGUGGGAGAGAGAGAGAGAGAGAACGCGCGACCACAGCGGACAUCAAUUCGUGGGCAGAAAAUAUAAAGAGAAUCCAUCUGGCAAGAUGGAACAAGCGUCAGAGAUUGUGACGCGCGCCACCACGCACCACGCACGCCACGCGCACCACGCGCGCCGCGCGCUCCAUGCUGCACACAAAUUGCGGGAUGAAUCUCAACCGCCGCAUGCUCCGUAGCCAGAACUCCGCCACGCCUCUCUGCCUCCCUCCGUCGGUCCUGAGCUAGCGGUGGAAAUUCCAUAUUACCGUGACAUGAUGUGACCCCUUCUUCCGCCCCCCCCCCAAAAUUCUGCGCUAGUUGAUAUUCGGAAAGAAAGUGAGAGAGAUCCAGGCUCGUGAAUCGAAAUCGGCCCCCACUCUCGAAUGAAACUGAAAGAAACCCAGACCCAGGGAUUGGACUCGGGCUCCCUUGGCGUGUUGACAUCACCUUUGUUUUUUUCUUCUUGGUUCUUUUGGUAAAGUCACGUAGAAGGGAAAUAAUAAAAUAAUAAAAUUCAAACAUAAUAAAAUAAUUCUCACGACGUUUCGGCCACAACGCAAGCAGCCGUCCUCAGGUGAAGAACAGGUCUGUCGGGAAGACAGCGUCUGAAUGAAACUCCACCAGGCUUGGAGCGUAUAUUUAAGCUGGGUUGGAAGGGGAGAAGGGCGCCUUGACAAAAGAAUUUGCAUAUCAAGAGGAAUUUAGCAUAUUUAUGGGAAAUGCAGAUAUGGGAUUAGUACUACUUGUGAAAUGCGUAGGAGGUGGGCGGGGGGUUUCAAAGUCAUAUUAUGCCCGUGCAUUAUGCAGGAUUAGCAGCAUCAAAGGGAGGGGAUAGGGGUAGCACCUUUGUUAUGAACCCCACCAAGAGAUUUGGGAAUGGACCCGAGACCCAGAUGCAGCGAUUGAACCCCCGGUUGUCGGCAUCUCCGACACGGUGAUCAUGGAAAACACCCCAAGACAGAGAGAGACCCAGACCCAGGGAUCAAACCCAGAAUUGCUCGGCCUAGUGUCGCGAAAAUCUCGUGCCAGGGUGACUCUGUGAGCCAGCGGAAAUCGGAUCUGUUUGUAGGUCACCGAACUGUUUGGUGGAAAGUCCACGUUCACAUGGCAGGGGCCAGGUUCACUUUCUGUAAGGAUGGUAACACUGCUGCCUAGGGUGAAGCGGGAGAGAGCGGAGGAGGAAGGCGGCGGCGGUGGUGGAGGUGGGAGUUGAUGGGUCGUGCAGUUAUUUUGGCUUCGUUAUUUUGCUGUUCUAAAAUUACUCCCAAUCAAUCGCCAUGGCUUGCGCUACUGCUGUGCGUGCGUGUGUGAAUGUGUGUACGUGUGCCCGGUUGUGUGCGAGUGUGUCUGUGAGAGUGUGUGUCUGUGAGAGUGUGUGUCUGUGCGAGUACGUUUGUGUGUGUGCGUGUCUUUUUUGUGUCUGGGUGUGGGAGCGGUAGUGUAGCGGUUAGCGCGCUGCGCUACGAACCCGGCGACCCGGGUUCGAUUCCCGUGACAAAUAUCUGCACCGGUCCUGGGCCUCUCCUAGGUCGACCCAGCCUAAAACCAGUACCUGGUGCGGUGUGUAAACAUCGCCACUGGGGAGACAAAGGCGGUCGGGCGUGGUGCUGGCCAUCCACCCGCUCGUGUGCCGUGCCGGCCUUCAAUAGUUUGUUAAAGGCUAUUCGGGGGAUCUUUGUCUUUGCAGUAUAUCUAUAAUCUGUGUCUGUUUUGUGCACGUGAUAUCGAUACAUAUUUGGGUGUGUGUGAACUCUUGUCGUGAGUGGAUGUGUGAGAUGUUUGCUUUUGUCUCUGAGGUUUGAGUGACACGAGGAUGCCUGUGAUCUUUGUGUGUGUGUGUGUGUGUCUGAUCUCAAGACUCUUUCCCUGUGUGUGUGAGCUGUGUGUGAGCCGUGUGUGUGACCUGUGUGUGUGUGAGCCGUGUGAGCUGUGUGUGUGUGAGCUGUGUGAGCUGGUGUGUGUGUGAGCUGUGUGUGUGUGUGAGCCAUGUGAGCUGUGUGUGUGAGCUGUGUGUGUGUGUGAGACAUCUAUGCAGCACACAUCGUUACUUAUGGACCCACCGACCCUAAUUCUCUCCCCGCCGCUGCCUCUGGUCAAAUAACAUUUUGUGGUGCUGCACAGCGAUGAUCAUUCGUUUUGAUUUUGCAAACGCGUCGAAGUAUUAUUGUUAUUAAGCCGUUUUACCCGUGUGAAAGGAAUGGUUAAGCUGCCUACAAACCUCGCGGCUCUUCCCAACGACCUCUUAUUGUUAUCAUUGCACUUUACAGAGCGAUGCGUGCGCGCGCGCGUGUUGCAUGCGCGUGUUUGUUUUCGUGUCAACCGCGGGGUUCCACACCUGAGCAGAGCGCUCGCCUCGACUCGUCCGUCGCCCCGCAAGCGCCUCUCAGUCGGCGUCCGAGCGAGCGGUUGCGUAGCGAGGGACACGGACGGCCGGCGAGCGUUUGCCGCAACGCACGAGUGACUCGGUUUGCGCUCGGACCGCGUUGCAAGCAGCCGAGCACUCGGGGCGUACUAAGCCGCCAAUGUCGAUGUCCGCGCACAGGCAACUCGACUCGGUAGCACUUGACCCCCAAGAGUCGAGGCGAGAGGCCGGUGCGGCCACAGUUGCGUGCAACCACUUCGCACGGGCCGUGCAACCACUUCGCACGGGCCGUGCGACGUGGUUUCACGGCCAUGUAACAAAGUUGCACGGGUAUGUGACCAAGUUGCACGCAACCAAGUUGUUUCACGACCGUGUAACAAAGUUGCACGGGUAUGUGACUAAGUUGCACGCAACCAAGUUGCACGUAACUAAAUUGCGUGCAACUCGCCGGCAACUUGGGUCCCAUGCAACUGAUGGCCCAGGUGUGGUCCUGGCUUAAGGUAUAUAUAUACAUAUAUAUGUAUAACCUGCGAGCUCUAACCGGCGAAUGUUAAAUGGGAUGUUUAAUUCUAUCUGUGUUGUUGCUGUUGUUGUUGCCGCCACUGCGUGCGUUUUAUAUCCGGGUUUGUUUAUUUUUCCAGCGUCGUUCUGCCCUCUGGAGCGGCCUCUAGUGCAGGGGCCUCUUCCUCCAGCAGUGGCCGUGCAUCAGCGAGCACUCGCAGGGCUGCGUCAAUAGUCGAUCUCGGCUGUCCACUCAGCCCGGUUCAACCCCCCCCCCCCCCCACCCUGUGUCGACGCAGCCCUGCGGAGCAAAAACUCGCUCGGGUGGACCCGGACAGCGACCGCAGGUCCUGCAAGGUUUUCCUGUCAACUCGGUUUUCCCGUCGACGGCGCGAGAUAUUCGCUCGGAAGCAUUGCUUCUUGUUGGUGGUGGUGGUGGUGGGGUACGCAAGGUGUGUUGAACGAGUGGUCGAACAAUCGCCUUGCACUGCCCCCCCCCUCCCCCCCCUAAGGAAGUAAUUCGCCCCCAUUGAUUUCGCUCACGAGUUUGCACGAAAUCGCGUUUCUGUUCCGCCAAACGGAUUCUGGAAGAUUUUCCGAGUUAAUUGGAAUUGCGGUCAAAUUUACAGAGGGCUCCCCCAACGGCGCAUCGGGCCUCUUCCCCUGCUCGCCUCCCUUGUCCCGACAGAAACUACGGCCUGGUUUCUUGUCGACGGAAACCACGGCCUGGUUUUUUUUUGUCGCGUAGUCCUCGCCAAUUUGCCAUCGAUCGUGCCCAGAGUCUCCAGGAGACGUUUUGCCUUUUCAUCCUCGAACGCUCGGCAGGUUUCUGUUGUUGUCGCUUCGUUGAACUCCUACCAACGCGCCGUUUGGAGCGACGGCGUCGUCCGACGUUUCGCCGCGCGUGCCGGGGGACGAAUCUUCAAUCGGGAACUGGAAACUCGAGUCUCGCACGCCGGAGGCCGCGUGGCACAAACCGCAAAGAAGACAAGAAAAGACACGCACAGUAGCAUUGUUGUUAUUGUUUGUUAUUUCUUUUUCUAUCGGUUCAGAGUUGCGCUUGAAAUGAAUGGCAAUAGCACGUGUCGCUUCGGCAGACGAUUACAAAUCCCCGGCCUGCGUCAUUUCUUUUUUUGAACGCUGCAUACCGAGUUGUUGAUGAAUUUCGUUGCCAGCUGUUA